UCGCUCGUUAGCGCGCGUUCGUUACCGCCGUGCGAACGAGGGCCAUUUAGCGUCCGAUCACCGUGGCGACGACGAACACGCAACAACGUCGAGAGGUGCUUGCCUCGCGUGCAGGGAUUGUGUAGCAGCAGCCGUAUCGCACUAUUUAUAAACACGCGAUGGGUGAACGGGCGUUCGUUUGUUUCCGCUACUGCCUCAUCGCCGGUGCGAUCCUCCUCGGCAUUUCCGGCGUGAUCGUCAGCAUAUUCGCCAGUUACUUCAUUUAUCAGCUGCACGAAUAUGGGUCACUCACCCCUAAUAACGUGUGUGGUUCACCUGCUACCUUGUUGGCAAUGGGCAUUGUUACUUGCGGGAUCGGCUGGAUUAUCUGGCAAUUCCUCAAUUUUUCCAACAGAAGUCAAGUUAUCAUUUUUGCCAUAGUAUUAUCGAUUAUCGCUCUGGUCGAAAUCGUUGUUGGAAUUUGGGCCUUGGUACGACAUGAACAAGUGGAGAUUUUACCAUCUUCACGACAUGAUGAGAUCUUUGCCCUCGCAAUCACGGAUGAGAAGUCUACCUGGGAUCAUAUGCAGUCCACAUUACAAUGCUGCGGAAUAGACGGACCUUCCGAUUAUCGUGGCACAGAGGCGAUUCCUUGGUCGUGUUGCAACACGACCAACCUGGCGAACGAUAAUAGUAUCGAGGGUGGUGUUUGUACUACUAUCUAUAAACGAGGGUGUCAGCAUGUGGUGUUAAAUCGGACAAAAUCGAUCCUCCUUCACAUUUUUUUACUCGCUUUGUGUUCUAUGCUGUUACAAGUUUCUUUCAUAGCGUGCGCGACUUGCUACGUCAGGAUUUACAAAGAUAAAAUGGAUAGAAGAAGGGCAUCGGAAGUACCCAGGAAUAUGUCUCCGCAAGAAAAUAAGGACGUUCUUUUAACACAUCGAUCAAGUCUCGUUAAUGAAGAGAUAUGGAGAUGUAUUAUAUAGAAAUAUAUAUAAAUAGAAAUAAUAAUCGCCAUUUCGCAAGAAGAAGAUAAUAAGAAUCGCACGCAUCAUUGCAAUAUCUGGCGUAAUCUGUUGAAUCUG